GCUACAAGCUUAUUGGAAACAUUGACGUUUCUAGCCUUUUUAGAACACGCGCCAAAAGGCGAGCCAUUCUUUGUCACACCUUCAGAGGAGCUUCUGAAGCAGAUAGUCUUCAAUCCUGAUAAAGUCUCUCAGAAGGCUUGGUUGGUCUAUUUCAACUACAUCAUGUUAGCUCAAGUUUUUCCAGAGAAACAAGACCAUGGAGAAGAAGCUGCGAGAUUUCGCCAGAACAUGCGGAUCGCCUUGAACGACAGCAGCAUAUUCUUGGAACCACGACAAGUUAAUGUCCAAGCAUUAGCUCUGCUGGCUGUUCAUGGCGAGGACUACGCCUCUCCGAACUUGUCGUGGAUGCUGGUCGGCCAUGCUUGUCGCCAAGCAGAGGCUCUCGGCUUACAUUUGCCAACGCCUAGAGAUGUUGAAUCAUAUCAGCGAAGUCUCUCGAUGUUUUGGCUUCUUUUCGUAUUGGAUAAGUCGUGUGCCCUUGCAUUUGGUCGAUCCCCGUUCCUUCCGAUGAAACUCUACCAAGAGGUUCCAUUGCCUGAUUUCAGCUAUCUGCUCAAGUUCCAACCACAUCUCGAUUCGGAUUUCAGCAGUGCACCACCGGCUGCUCGUCCGUCUGAGUUUGGAGCACACUUCUUCAUCAGGGGUAUUGAGUUAGCCAGGAUCAUGGGCUCAGUCGUCGAUACGCUGGCCCCAGGUUCUUCGCCACCCUCGAGGGAGACUAUCAAGCUGCAGCUCGAAGAAUGGUCCAAUCAAACGAAAAAGAUUUCGGAUAAAAUAAUGGACGCAGAUAGGCACCUCCUUGAGCCGACUCAGUUGAAGGAAAUGUCCUUGGGCCUCAAUAGUCUGAGAUUCCAGUACCUCCAUGUCGUGAUUGUUCUUCUCAAAGGGGACAAGCCUUCCUCCAAUCAACGUUUAGAGUGCGCAAGAGAGGCUCUAUUCAUACUACCUUCAAUUGUCUCUAAUUGGUCUUCCGUUUAUAACGGAGUUGUUUGGCAUCUAUUGUACUAUCCUUUCAUACCAUUCUUUGUCGUGUUCGAGAACCUAGUCCACAGCUCCACGUUCCAAGCCUCAGCGACAAUCGACCAUGACGUUGGUCUCCUUGCUACAACUAUUUCCUGUUUUUCGAGCAUGAGAGAUCAGAUGCAGCUUCUCGCGGUUUUAUGCUCUCGUUUGGAGAAUGUAGCGUUUGUGUUCCUCGAACUAGCUCGGAGACACAUACGACAUCGCCAUGCAACCAUUAACAAAACCCUUGAUUCCUCAUGGCCCCCACUACAUAGUCGGGCUGAAACGAAUGUCGAGGAAGUGGCAGCAGGAGAUAGCCUCCCCGGCCUCUCACAAGGCACUCUUGAUGACUUCACUUUGGGGGAUGGGCUAGACAUUGGAAAUUUCCUCAACUGGCUGCCAGCUGACAUUUUCACAUCUGGGCCAUCUCUGGGGCUUGAAUCGCGACAGAUUCUCGGAUCUGCAAGCAGCGGCCCUGAAGUUUCAUCCACAGCCGAUUUGCGAGGUCGAAAAAGACCGUUUGAUGCGACAUUCGAUUGGUUUUCGUGGGACGCAUAUUACGCCGACAUGCAUUUUCAUUAG